GUUUGUGAGCAACUGUGGAGUACAGAGAUGGUUGAAAGCGCUUCGUUAACUCUGUAAAACGCAAGAUGGCCGGUUAUGGAAUUAUAGCAGAGGGUGGACACUGCCCCUUUAAGGAAGGGAAGCUAUUGGGGGAGGGGGGCAAAUGUUUCUUUGAUCUAACAAGGGGGCAGGAAGGAUCUUAUUCAAGUCUUUGAUGUUGCCGUCCCGUUUCUCCUACGAAAAUGGCUUUGCAUUUUGAAUACUGCAGCAGACUUAACUACUUCCAUGUGGCAGGACUGCCUUCCAGAAUACCAUCUUGCCUUCUGCUUUCAUCAUUUAUUUCAACAGUAGAAAGGGAUUGAAUUGUGUGGUUGUCACACACGAACAUUUUAUUAGCCAGGAAUUACUGCAAACCAAUUAAAUAGCCGUUUUAUCACAAACUUUGGGGUGAUGGGGAACGGACUCAUCAUGGCUGAUGUUAUUCCUUAAGGGCUUCAUAGUCUGGAUGGAUUUUGAUCAGACUCUGCAGCUUUUUAAUUUGUGGAAGACAUUUUAACUUGAAAAGGGGAAAUUAAAUGAAAGUGCUUAUCUUAAGGUCUAUGGUCUAGCAUAUGUUUACACAUUUUAAUCCACGUAUCGGAGAAACAUUUUAAAAUUGUACUCGCAUUGUGUGGAUGGCAUUCUAAAUGAUCACAAACUUGGGUAACUGUACUGGAUUCCCAGAAUUGGAACUAUAGUAUAAACCACAAUUGGGAACUUGAGAAAAUUAGCUUUUUAACUAAAUUGAGACUUAAUGAAAUGGCUGAAAACUGGAAGAAUUGCUUUGAAGAGGAGCUGAUUUGCCCUAUUUGUUUGCAUGUCUUUAUUGAGCCUGUUCAGUUACCAUGUAAGCACAAUUUCUGCAGGGGUUGUAUAGGGGAGGCCUGGGCCAAAGAGUCAGGAUUAGUCCGCUGUCCAGAAUGCAACCAGGCUUACAAUCAGAAGCCCAAUCUGGAGAAGAACCUAAAAUUGACAAACAUUGUGGACAAGUUCAAUUCUUUGAACAUUGAAAAGCCCCCUUCUAUUUUGCAUUGUGUGUUCUGCCGGCGGGGACCUCCACUUCCUGCUCAGAAAAUGUGCCUCCGGUGCGAGGCACCCUGCUGCCAGUCACAUGUGCAGACACACUUGCAGCAGCCUUCUACAACUCGGGGACAUUUACUAGUAGAGACUGAGGAUGUGAGGGCUUGGAGCUGCCCACAGCACAAUGCAUACAGACUUUACCACUGUGAAGCAGAACAAGUAGCUGUUUGCCAGUUUUGCUGCUACUACAAUGGAUCCCACCAGGGCCACUCUGUUGUGGAUGUUGAAGUUCGUAGAAAUGAAAUAAGGCAAAUGCUGGUGAAGCAACAAGAUCGAUUAGAAGAAAGGGAACAAGAUAUUGAAGACCAGUUGUAUAAAUUGGAGUCUGACAAGCGCCUGGUUGAGGUAAAAAUUCCUCCACUGACAGAGAAGGUGCACCAGCUUAAAGAAGAGCUGCGCUUGCAGUAUGAGAAAAUGCAUCAGAUCUUAAAAGAUGAUUUAGGAAAGACCCUGGAUAUACUUGACAAAGCCCGAACAAAAUUCUGUGAUGAGAACUCUGCACAAGUGGUACAUCUGAAUGAACGAAUGCAGGAAGCCAAAAAGCUGUUGAGCUCUGUCCAAGUCAUGUUUGACAAAACUGAAGACAUUAACUUCAUGAAAGUCCAUUCAGCACACCAGUACCUUUCCUUCAGAGCAUCCCAGUGUAUUCUUGCAAUUCAGGGGCAGAAAAGCGCAAACACUCCACAGCCUUUCCAGAGAGCAGCUUCCUAGAUUCGACUUCUGGAAAUGUUACCAGUCAGUUCAUGAGCCAGGGGACAUCAGCUGGCGAAGGUCAGUCUUCACAGCCUAUGGUGCCUUGUAGUUCCACUCAGCACAUUGUUGGACUUUCUAGUGGUCCUCAGCCAGUCCACUCCACCUCUGUUUUCAACCCUUCUCAUUACCCUAACAGUACAACAUCUCAGCAGCCUGUACUUUCCCAGUAUGGUGGGCGCAAAAUUCUUGUAUGUUCAGUGGACAACUGCUACUGCUCUGGCAUGCCUUCCGUCUCCAAUCACAGUGGCCAUCAGCCAUAUCCUAGAUCAAGUCAUUUUCCAUGGACUGUGUCCUCCCAGGAAUAUUCCCACCCUCUUCCUCCUACACCACCUGUACCUCAAUCUCUUCCAGGACUGGCAGUGAGAGAUUGGAUUGAUGCUUCUCAACAACACGGUCGCCAAGAAUUCUACAGAGUGUAUGGUCAGCCUUCUGCUAAACACUAUGUCACCAGCUAACCCAUAAUGCUGAAUUAAGAAAUUAUGCAUUCAAAUAUAAAGGCAUCCCGUUUUCAAAUUAAAAAAAAAAUCAGAAUUGUGAUUAUUUGGAAUUUGGCUUAUGAAUUUCUCACCAGAUCUGUGAGAGCAGAUGUUCACUUCACUUACGAUGCAUUCUUAUCCAGGACAACAGAUUAACUUUUGAAGCCGUGGAGAGCCCCACACCUCUGGCAAUGUGUAACCGAUCACCACUUGGAAUUGAAAAGGGAAAAGGCAUCUCUAAUAAAUAUUUUUUAUUCCGUAUUUUUUUGUAUCAUUGAUUGGGGGUGGGAGGUGUGGACUGGGCUGGGAAAGUUCUGUAAUUUAAACAGGUUUUAAGGUAAAAGGCCACUUAUCAUUUGGAUUGGAUUUUUAUUGCAGCCAUGGUAAUGCAUAUUAAUGGAGGUUGGGCUCUGCCACAGAGUCUAUCAACUGAGUAAAUGAAGCUACUCAUUGAAGCUGGCACUUUGCAAAAAUGUAUGACUUCGUAUUGGAAAGGAGGUGGCACUUUCAGUUAGUUUUUCCCCCCCACCAAUCACAAGAGACUUUUAAAAAGGAAAAAAAAAUUUGGAAAAUGCACCCGAGUUUUCCAAAGACAUCUCUUCUGUCUGCUCAAGUCUGUGUAUAUAUUUCAUGUUUUGGGUGUGUUGCCCCAAGUUAUACAAUGAAAUUUAGAAAUUUUAUAACCGGCAUCAUAAGAAACACAAAUGCUAGUGCUUGCUGGCAAUAUUUGUAAAUACUUAUUGAAGAAAAAUAAUGCAGGGUAUUAUUCUAGAGAUGUAACUCUCACAUGAACUUAAUAAACUGAUUUCUUGAUUAAAAUGCAUUUAUAAAAUGUUGGCAAAUGUUCCCCCUUUCUACAAUUCUUAAAUGGUAAAUGGUCUUUUAGCUUAAAUGAAGGUAGCAUUUCUUAGAAUUAUAAAAUGUUAUUUAAAGAGUAUUGUAGAACAACAUUCCUUAAGUGUAAACAUUGGUGCAAUUUGAAAUUAUUUCACUUUGUGUUCUUUGCAUUGAGUUUUUAUCCCUUUCUGUUUUCCCCUUUGCUUUUUAACAGCUGUUUUUUUUUUUUUUUGAGUGCCACAGUCAUAACAAAAACUUUACAUACCGAAGCUGGUUCAAGCACUUUGUUUUGCAGAAGCAUUUAUUAAUAAUAAAUCUUGUAAUGCCAUAUUGUAACAUUGCAGCAAUAAAAUGUGGUACUGAUGGA